CUGGAUCGUGAGGUGAGAGAAACCUCCAUUUUAGAGGAGUACAACAUUAACUGGACUCAGAAGCUGGGAGCUGGGAUCAGUGGUCCUGUUAGAGUCUGCGUGAAAAAAUCCUCUCAAGAGCGCUUUGCACUGAAAAUUCUGCUUGAUCGUCCAAAAGCUAGAAAUGAGGUACGUCUGCACAUGAUGUGUGCAACACAUCCAAAUAUUGUUCAAAUUAUUGAAGUUUAUGCUAACAGUGUGCAGUUCCCACAUGAAUCCAGCCCAAGGGCUCGGCUCCUAAUUGUAAUGGAGAUGAUGGAAGGGGGAGAGCUAUUUCACAGAAUCAGCCAGCACCGGCACUUUACUGAGAAGCAAGCAAGCCAAGUAACAAAGCAGAUAGCUUUGGCUUUGCAGCAUUGCCACUCGUUAAACAUUGCACAUAGAGACCUCAAGCCUGAGAAUCUCCUCUUCAAGGAUAACUCUCUGGAUGCACCUGUUAAAUUGUGUGACUUUGGAUUCGCCAAAGUAGACCAAGGUGACUUGAUGACACCACAGUUCACUCCCUAUUACGUAGCACCUCAGGUAUUGGAGGCACAAAGACGGCAUCAGAAAGAAAAAUCUGGUAUUAUCCCCACCUCUCCAACACCUUACACUUAUAACAAGAGCUGUGACUUGUGGUCCCUGGGUGUCAUUAUUUACGUGAUGCUGUGUGGAUACCCUCCGUUUUACUCCAAACACCAUAGUCGGACAAUUCCAAAGGACAUGCGGAAAAAGAUCAUGACAGGAAGUUUUGAAUUUCCAGAGGAAGAGUGGAGCCAGAUCUCAGAAAUGGCGAAAGACAUUGUGCGAAAGCUGCUGAAGGUCAAACCUGAGGAACGACUGACCAUUGAAGGUGUGCUGGACCAUCCCUGGCUCAACUCCACCGAGGCACUCGAUAACAUCCUACCCUCUGCCCAGCUGAUGAUGGACAAGGCAAUGGUUGCAGGGAUACAACAGGCUCACGCAGAACAGCUUGCGAACAUGAGAAUCCAAGACCUCAAAGUCAGCCUCAAACCCCUUCACUCCGUCAACAACCCCAUCCUGCGCAAAAGGAAAUUACUGGGCACGAAGCCGAAGGAUGGUGUUUAUAUCCACGACCCUGAGAAUGGAAGUAACGAUUCCAACGUGGCUCUGGAAAAGCUCAGAGACGUGAUUGCUCAGUGCAUUCUUCCCCAGGCUGGAGAGAAUGAAGAUGAGAAGCUGAAUGAGGUGAUGCAGGAGGCGUGGAAGUAUAAUCGAGAGUGUAAGUUGCUGCGAGACACUCUGCAGAGCUUCAGCUGGAAUGGCAGAGGAUUCACAGAUAAAGUGGAUCGGCUAAAACUGGCAGAAAUAGUAAAACAAGUUAUCGAAGAGCAGACAAACUCCCAUGACUCUCAAUAGCUGGAGCUUCUUAAUCUUAUUUUUUUUACCAUUUAAGAUUUAUUCUUUAACUGUAAAAAGUAUUUUUAUGUAAAUUAAUAAAUCAUAAUUAUUUCAU